GGGAUGUGCUAAAUCUAAAGUUGUUAAACUACCCCCUUUGUUUUAAUACAGUUCUUGUAGGAUAUUUCACAUGUAUUUCAAUUGUGACACGUGGUUUUGGGUCAAUUGGAUUUGUUAAGCUGUUUAGCCGUUGCCUUGACGAUGUAUGGCUGUUUGUGAUAGGAGCAUUAUGGGGUGUACUUUACUAUAUGUUAGUCACUUUUGCGCACACAAAAGUCAUGAUGUUUCUAGCCCCUGUGAUAGGUUUCCUAUGGUCAGUACCUACAUCUAUCAUUCGUUCUAUGAUGUCAAAGUCAGUAGGACCACAUGAGCAAGGGGCUGUUUUGUCAAGUAUUGGAAGCAUGCAGACCCUUAGUACUUUGAUUGGUCACUCUAUGCUGAAUGCCAUCUAUUCAGUUACCGUAGCAACAUAUGAUGGUGUCUGUUUCCUGAUCCUUGCUGCAUUCUGCCUGCUUGCGGUUGUUAUGGUUAUUCCUUACCAUAUUAAGUCAAAGCGGGAGAAUAAUCAAGCCCAGGAGAUAAAUGAAAAGACAGCUCUUAUAAAUUGAAAAGAUACUGAUGAAGACAACAGAAACUGCAACAUUAAGGUCAAAUUAAAGAAAUUACUUACAUUCACUGAUCUCCUCAACAUUGAAGCAGGUGUUUCUUGCACCCACUUGAAAUGUAUUUGCACCCAUUUGGGGAUAACACUGCAUUUUACUUCAUAAAUGUAGCAAGUCCGUCCAUAUUUUCAAGGUAGAACAUGAUAAAAAAAAAACAUGCAAGAGUCGUCAGUCUGUUCUAGGUCUGGUAACAUGCAGGCCAGUUACCUGCCAAUCAGAUUGCUGGAUUUCAAUGAGAUGUGUAAUAUUAUUAAAUACUCACUGACUUCUCCCCUCCAUAGCCACUGCAUUUUCCUUUGACAUUUAGCACCAGGUUUGUUGAAAUCACAGGCA